UCGUAUCGUUCGGAAGUAUUUUAUUCGCAAUGCAUCACCCGUUCCGACGCUGGCAGAUUGUUUAGACCUCAUCUCGGUGUUAAUGUACACAAAUGGGCAUGUGAGUGGUUCAGUGUGAAAAAUCCUCCCAGUUCUACUCAGUGUAAAUGUGUAUGCUUCAUUGGCCAAUGCGAGGCAAAAAAGGAUAUAUAAGAAAAUUUAAUUGUAACGUAACGCAAGGCGAGAGAAGCUUUGAAUUUUGGUUAACUAUGAGAGUUGAGUGUUUUUUUUUUUUUUUGUGUAAACUGUGAAACCCGACACUUAGGACAAUACAUCAUCGUCGGAUAGAUGAAUUAAUAAAUAAAAAUACAUUAAUAUACACAAACCAGUAUACAUGUACAUUGCUACUGAUGUGUUGGUGUGAUAGACUUAUGUCUCUGUGUAUAUCAUCAUCUGACGCCGGUUAAAAAAGGCGCCCGACAAAUAAACCGACAGGUCAUAGGAAAUAUGACGCCAAAUGUUGUUGUUUGUCUCUCCCCGCUCUCAACCACUGACGGCAACAACACAAAGCUAACGUCGUAGUAUUUGUGUAGUGGUCGCUGUUAUUGUUUGUUGUUAUCGCUUUAAGAACAAUAAAAACGCAGCAAGCCGCCACAAAGAGAGAUUCACUUCAUUUCCUGCCCUAGUCCGGAUACACGGCAAGUAUGUUGGUGAGCGCUCAAUCCACAAAAACAGUAAGUGGCUGAGUGAGUCUGAGGAUGUCUUGUCUAUUGUGAAUUAAAGUGCAGACGAGGAAUAUUGUAACGGUUUGUUUGUUUGAGAGCUUGUAAGUAAGUGUGCAUUCACAUGUGUUUGCUGGGGUUAAGCUCAGAGGUGGUCAUAACAUUAUUACCAACAUCCUUUUGCGUAGCAUGUUGGUAUACAAAUCGACAUAUUCAUGUUUGUAUUUCGGCAAAUAACACACAAGCAUAGCCAAGCAUCCCUUAUAUACAUGUGUAUGUAUGAGUGAAUACAAAUGCCCCAAGGAAUAUUGCUUAAGAAUCAAUCAGAAACACAAGUGGGCAUAAAGAACCAAAGGAUACCAUUAAGAAUUUAACGAGUGUUCUCCAGCAUCAGCAACGUCUUUACCACCAUCGUCAUCAUAUUCUUUGGAGAUAUUCAUCAUAGAAUUAUAAUACAGUUAACAAUUGGCCACAGUGGGGAGCCAUGAUGGGAAACACCAAGAGACAAUUGCGGAUUUAAUUAAUGCAGAUAACAGCGGACAAGGAUACUUGCAACAACUAGUCUUUGUUGUAGAUGCCAACUGUUGAAUGCAACUGCAGAGCAGAUUCACAGCACUCAGGACCUGAAGGGCUUUCAAGUGCUUAAUCCCAUAAACUACACAAAUUGAUGCGGUCGUGUUGCUAUUGUUGCACUUGCCAUCCUUUGUAGAAUUGUCAUGAAUGACGACAGUUUUCAAGUGCUAAACGAUAUUUGUAUGUCAUUCCGAGAAUUUGUUGCGUUGCUUCUGUCAUAGGCAAGCGAUGUGCCAUCCUUAUUAAGUGCCAACCGUAGUGGUAUUCUGUGUACAAAUAAAAGAGGACAAUUUGCAAUAAGAAUAUAAACGAGAAAAAGGCAGACUUGAAGAGGCCUUGCGUAAAACAAAUUCCCAGAAAUUGGCAUUGACUAGCCAGCAAAAGAAAAUCAAAUAUUAUUCCUUUUAUACGAGACCGAAAGUAUCAGAAGCCACAACCUUCAGCAGCCUCAACUUCAGAAUCAGCAGCCCCCCUUAGUUCCUCUAAUUGAUUGACAACAUGGAUUGAUGGCAGCAUCUUGGUCAUCCUACAAUGACAUGAACAGCAAUUUAAUUGGGAUUCUAUAACCCUCAACAUUGAGUCGUUAGGACCACUCUACCCUAGUCCUUUAUCUGUGUUAGAUCGUUUCAUUUUGUUCGUCACCACAUGCAGCAUGGGGGCAGCAAAUUCAUCAAAUCGAACAGAUAAUAGUCUCUAUGGUGAUGACGAUGUCAAUUUUGAUCACUUUCAAAUACUGCGAGCCAUUGGAAAAGGAAGUUUUGGCAAGGUGUGCAUUGUACAAAAACGGGACAGCAACGUGUUGUAUGCCAUGAAAUACGUCAGCCGUUCCGCUUGCGAAAGCCGUGGUGCCUUGGGUGGCGUCCUCAAAGAAGUCGAGCUACUCUCCUCACUGGAGCAUCCAUUUCUUGUGAAUUUAUGGUUCUCAUUUCAAGAUGAGGAGGAUUUAUUUAUGGUUUGCGACCUGCUGACAGGCGGUGAUUUAAGAUAUCAUCUACAAAACAGAGUUGAGUUCUCUGAGGAAUCUGUUGCCUUACUCGUAUGUGAACUGGGAAGUGCUUUGGACUAUCUGCAAAAACAACGUGUCGUUCAUAGGGAUGUUAAGCCGGAUAACAUACUUUUAGAUGGUGCUGGUCAUGCACAUUUGACUGAUUUUAAUAUAGCAACAAGACUGGCGAAGGAUGGCCUGGCAUGCAGCAUGUCAGGCACGAAACCCUACAUGGCACCAGAAGUCUUUAUGUGUGCACUGGACGAAGUGGCUGGUUACACAUUCCCCGUCGAUUGGUGGUCACUGGGCGUUGUGGCAUACGAGAUGCGAGCCAAUAUCAGACCAUUCUCUGUACACUCCAAUACAGCCUUGGUGGAUGUGAAGCAUAUACUGAAUUCGCCCGUACAUUAUCCACGCUAUUGGAGUUCAGAUUUUGUGGAUUUAAUAACGAAGUUGCUGUGUGUACAUCCCGGAGGCCGCAUCAGUUCACAGCAAGAACUGCAGCAGACACCCCUGCUCCGACACACUGACUUCAAGGAUGUGGUAGAGAAGAAGCAGAAACCCCCCUUCAAACCACCAGAGGACCAUCUCAAUUGUGAUCCCUGCCUGGAACUCGAAGAAAUGAUUGUCGAAACCCGCCCCCUGCAUAAAAAGAAGAAGCGCCUCGCCAAACAGCGUUCGGCGCAACGCGACAGCGAUCCCGAAACUGCCUUAGUUAAGGAGUUCAUUGUCUACAAUCGUUUUAAGGAACUAAAGCGCAAAGACAUGGAGAAGAAGGAGCGUGAAUGGGAACGAGAACUUGAGGAGGCAAUGGCCAAUUCGGUUGUUACAACUUUGGCCCCCAUACUGGAGAGACCUUCCGAAUGCCUAAAUGUGUCUUCCGCACUAGCAUCAGCUUCAGCGUCAGCAUCGGCCAGCGAAUCGCCCAAAAAUGCAAAUCCGAGUACUCAAGUAGCGAGGCAAUCAUCGAAAAAGUCCUCUACCACAAUGACAACACUCAGCUCCAGUCUGCAGAUGUGCUCGAAUUGUCAAAGGACCGGAUCAAAGACAUCGCGAAACGGUGAAAGUUUAGAGUACAUAGAUCGUUCUCCAUCACCGCACACUGUCAGCGGCACAACGUCAUAGUAAGACAUUAUGGCUUCAACGAGCAGCAUUUAAACUCAAAUUGAACUAAAAUGUCUUUCCCACCUUAUCUAGUCGAUAUGAGGGCCUAUUGCCCUAUUGCCAGAUAAUUUCAGGUUAAAAAAAAAGUUUGCUAUUAACAGCAAGCAAUGUCUGCUGAUAUUAAGAAAUCUAUUUUGUUACCCACCACCAUAGAAUGGGAGUAUACUACUCAAGUCAUUCCGUUUGUAACACCUCGAAAUAUUGAUCUGGGACCCCAUAAAUUUAUAUAUUCUUGAUGUUGACCUCAUUUGCCGCUUGGAAUUUUGAACAGACACACUAUCGGCUCAGGUUUGGAUAUAGCUCCCAUAUAAACCGAUAACCCGCUUUGACUUCUUGAGACCCUACAAGCUAGAGCUAUAUAACGACAUUUUAUUUUUUAUCUGAAUAUCGAUUGAUAUUUUACCUAUCGAUACUAUCGGAAAACUUAAUUUUUUGCAAAAUUUUAUAAAAUUAAGCAAUCGGACAUUGAAUGUAUAUUUUAAGGUACAUUGCGCCUAUAGAGGGCGUAAUUUUCAUUCGAAUAGUGUACAAUUUUGUACAAUAAUUUUUCUCAUGACUUCCAACUGACUUUAUUAAAUUUGGGUUUACUCGGUCUGUGCAUUGAUAUUGCUUCUAUAUAAAUCGAUCUCCUGAUUUGUACUUCUUAUUUUCGUUUGAAAUAAAGGGUGAUUUUUUUGAGGUUAGGAUUUUAAUGCAUUAGUAUUUGACAGAUCACGUGGGAUUUCAGACAU